AUGAGCGACGCGCAGCCCACGCUGCAGGAGGUGCUCCCCAAGGCGGGGCUGGUCUUCUCCGAGAAGGGCAGCCUGGCCCCUGUCCUGUGUAAGCCAAAGCUCAUGCCCAUCAAGUCCCUCUCCCUCGAGAAGAUUGAGCAGAUGGAAAGCGCCGCGGCGGCCGCCCAGCAAUGCGCCGCCUCCACCGACGCGGACCCGCCAAAGCCCAAAGUGGCCCGCACACAAACGCGGAAAAGGAAAAAAAGAAAGGCCGCGGCGCGCAGCGGCUAA